CAUUAUUGCUCAUUAAUUCGCUUGAAGCUGAACAAUACUCAUAUGCCUUUUGUGUAGCCGCAGGCAUUUUAUUGUAAAUCACGUUUUGAACAGGCUAAGAAUAAAGUGGUGUUAGCUAACCUUCGUUUUUCUUCACUGUGCCCCGAAGUUACAGAAGCGAGAAACAGUUGUCGAUGUGCCAGGCUGCGGCAACACGCAGCCACAUUUCACUUUUCGGGUGUAUGCUAUGUACAGUGUACGCGGUCCCCAUUCGGAACUGCUGCCGAUAAAAUCCGUCACAAGCAGGGAUCCUGUAGUGUGCCAUUUGUUUCGCAAGAACGAACAUCAUCCACUCUGAACGCAUAAUGCCUCCGUGAAACAAAACUUCGCAAUCGCUAAAUCUUUUCUUGUGUUAUGUUUUGCGGAUGGAAAGAAUGCUACGUGUGCUGUGAUACCUCAAUCCGUGCUGGUUGAGUGUAGUCUGUGUUUGCGUUUCGACGGCGAAACGCUGUUCGAUAUUGGCUAUAAAAAAUGUCGUCCAAUAACCUGGAUGAUUCGCACAGCGUGGCAUUCCUGCGCAUGGGAGAUGUCGUUGCACUGUUCGCGGAAUCUACGAACAAUAAAGACGGGAUUUCGCAGGAUGCUGGAUUUCUCACAUCUUUAGGUCUGGUCGACGAGCGCUGCGUCGUAAAUCCACGCGAUGGAGAUCUGGAAAACCCGCCGAGAAAAUUUCGAGACUGCUUAUUCAAAAUUUGUCCCAUGAAUCGCUAUACAGCCCAGAAUCAAUUCCAGAAAAGCAAGCAAGCCCGUCAACAGACGGGAUCGUCGGCGCCAUCUGCACUAAUAAACAAAUUACACCAUGCGGCGGAAAUGGAGAAGAAGCAAAAUGAAAACGAAAGCCGCAAGAUGACAGGAUCACCAAUACUGUAUGGAAAUGUGGUGCAGUUUCUGCAUUUGCAAAGUAACAAGUAUUUGACUGUCAACAAGCAUUUGCCGGCACUGAUGGAAAAGAAUGCCAUGCGUGUCCAUCUCGAUUCGAAUGGCAAUGAAGGCUCAUGGUUCUAUAUUGAACGAUUCUACAAACUGCGCGCCGUGGGAGACACGGUGGUAGCCGGCGAUAAGGUUAUUUUGAAUCCGGUGCAAGCUUCCGGCCAACCGUUGCAUGCAAGUGAUAAGGAACUGCCAGAUAAUCCUGGUUGCCGAGAAGUGAAUGCAAUUGCUAACAGCGAUGCGGCUUGUCCCUGGAAAAUCUGUCUACAUAUGGACUUUAAGGACGCGUCGGAAGACUGUUUGAAAACGGGAGAUGUCAUUCGGCUGUUUCAUGCGGAACAGGAAAAAUUCCUUACCCUAGAUGAAUACAAAAAAAAGAGCUAUGUCUUCCUUCGAUCUACAGGGAGGACCACUGCAGCCGCUGCUACAAGUUCCAAAGCGUUAUGGGAAGUUGAAGUCAUACAGGGUGAUUCUUGCCGCGGAGGCGUUGCUACAUGGAACAGCUUAUUCCGUUUCAAACAUUUGGCCACCGGAAUGUACCUGGCGGCUGAGAUCGACGAAGACCUGACGAAAGAUCCCACACGGACAAAACUCAGCAAUUCCCAGCCAGUCUACGCGCUGGUACCGCACAAGGACAUUCCCGAUGCUAGUUGCGUAUUCGAACUGAACCCUACUACAUCGGUGAAGGGAGGCACCACCAUUCCAAAGAAUAUCAACACAACCACGUACACGUAUGCUCGAUUUCAUCACCUAAGCACCAAAACUUGGGUGCAUAGUACGAUCAUUCCCAUUGACAAAUACCCACCAGAAGGAUCAUCGGCAAAAGCCAUUGAACAGUUCCGUCCAGUAAUGGAAAAAGUUGGCUGUGCAGCCAUCCGCGAUGAUAGAGAAGCAUUCGCCAUCGUUCCGGUAGCAGUUGAUGAAGUUCGCGAUCUUGAUUUGGCCAAUGACACAUCCAAGCUUCUUAGCUCCAUUAAUAAGAAAAUUGCAAACCGCAGCGUUACCAGAAAUGAUUUGGGGUUGCUCAAAAAGAUUUUAUCGGAUCUCAUUUAUUUUAUGGCGGAAGUCCCCGAUACCGGUGGUGAUUGUCUGGAUGUUGUGGUCACAGAUCCCAACAGGGAGAAGCAGAAGCUUUUACGAGAACAGAAUGUCUUGAAACAGGUUUUCGUCUUUCUGCAAACUCCUUUUGCUGGGGAAGAUAAACCGGAUUUUCAUCCGUACUUCACGAUGGACGAUUUGCGCGAACAUCGAAAUGCACACUUGAAAGCUUUGAUGCGUUAUUGUUAUCGAAUUUUGCGCCUCUCACAACAAACGUACCGACGAAAUCAGGAAUAUAUUGCUAAAGAAUUCAAUUUCAUGCAACGGCAAAUCGGUUAUGAUAUAUUGGCUGAAGAUACAAUAACGGCGUUGUUACACGAUAACCGGAAACUGUUGGAAAAGCACAUUACUGGGAAAGAAAUCGAUACUUUUGUUGGCUUGGCUCAAAGCAACGAAGAUAGCAAAUUUUUGGAUUACCUGGCGCAGUUAUGCGUAUCCAAUCGCAUAGCCAUACCGAUCACACAAGAACUUAUCUGCGUGUCGUUAUUCAAGAAAGAUGAAGACAACAGCAUUUUGAUGAAAACUCGAUACGAAAACGAAGAACAUGUUUACUCGGAAACUGGACGGAACUACUCACCCGUUGUUCUAAUAUGGAAAAGAGAAAUUCGCUCUCUUCGUGAUCUGGCAGAAACCGCUCAGAGCAGUGUCAGUCUGGAAGCUGUCCGUUGGCUGGACUACUAUCGUCAUCAGCUAGACCUUUUCUCACACAUGUGCAUGGAUCGUCAGUAUUUGGCUAUCAAUCGGUUAUCCCAGGAAUUGCCAAUUUCCAUGGUUUUGAAAUGUAUUUCCGAUGAAUGCCUGCCGUAUGAGCUGCGUGCAUCGUUCUGUCGGUUGAUGUUACAUAUGCACGUAGACAGCAACAAUCAAAAAAAGGUCACCCCGGUACGCUAUGCGCGGCUAUGGACUGAUAUUCCGAAGGAUCAUUCCAUUGAAGCGUAUGACAAAUUUAACAACCAGGAAUUCGACAAGGAUCGGAACGGAGCCCGAAUUGAAACAGCGGAGAAACAUUUUCUUGAUAUCGUGCGCUUUGUUAAAGGAUAUUUGGAUAACUGUGCCAGUAAAGGCAGAAGAGAAGGCCAGAUGCCGGGAUUCAAUCAAAAGGCGUUCGCAAACCGCGAGAAGAAUAAACUCACAUUUGAAGUGGUUAAACUCGCACGGUUCCUUGUCUACUUUGGAUUUUACUCCUUUUCGGAUUUAAUCCAACUAUCACACAUUCUACUGGCUAUUCUUGAUUCAUCGACGCAUUCUUUUCAAACACAAACAGAAAGUGAAGAUAAAAAUAUGAGCUGCAUCGAAUCAGCCCUUCUGGGAACCAUGAUGAAUUUGAGUAACAUAUCUACAGCACUUGCUAACGAAUAUGGAGCCGAUCAGAAAACACGGAAUACAGAAGCUGAUGAGCGGCUCAUCAUGGAUACAAAAUUGGAAAUUGUGGAGAUUUUGGAAUUUAUUCUGGAUAUUCGCUUGGACUAUCGUAUUACGCGGCUGUUGUCCGUAUUCAAGCGGGAAGUUAUGAGAAUGCGCAACACUAGCCUAAUGACAUCGGGAGGUGAUACGUCGUCGAGGCGUCGAAGUUCGGGUCCGGAAUGCCCAAGCGCUAUGGUGGAUCCCAAAAUAAUUCGCGUGGAAUUCGACAACAUUUUUACCAGAGGCUCGGAUCGACUGGAUGUGGAGAAGCUGUUUGUUCGGGUGCUGUUGCACCUUGCCAUGCAUGAUUAUCCGAAGUUGGUGUCUGGUGCAUUGCGGAUACUGUUUCGGCAUUUUUCGCAGCAAGAGGAGCUCGUCGUUGCUAUUAAACAGGUCCAACUUCUGGUUGCCGCACCUGACGUGGAAAUAUACAAUAGUGUGAAACGAAAUUUGGAUCAUUUCCGUGGUCUUGUAGAAACUUCCGAAUUAUGGGUAUAUAAGUCUGACAAAUCUUCGGAAAAACAUGGUGGCGAUGAAGGAGGCGAAGCAGCAGCGCCCAAAACUCCUGCUGUACCCCUCUCUAGUCCACCCGCGUCGAUCGCCGAUAGCGGAAGAGGAAGUGUGGUGGCCAUUGGGAAUGUGACAAACAUCCCAGCUGCCGAUGAAAUGGACAAUUACGACGAAAUUCAGCAUCUGCUCAAAGAGAACAUCAAACUUUGUACUUUCGAGCAUACGCCCACCGGAGCAGUGCGACCUUUCAGGCCGAAACAACGCCUGUUGCGAAACUUGGGUUUCCAUACAGUAGUCAUUCAGCUUCUUAAAAUACCGUAUCAGAAGGCCACAGACUUACGGAUGCGUGAAAUUUUUAAAUUGGCUCAUGAGUUUCUCCAGUACUUUUGUCGUGAAAACCCGGAUAAUCAGCAACUGUUGCACGAACAUUUGGAAAUGUUUUGGGACUUGCAACCGUGGGAAGCUCGAACAGUUCGAGCCAUAUUCGAAAACAAUGCGGAACUAUGUGCAGGUGUGGAAGAGCACGUGAUAUCCAACAUGGUGCAGUGUUUGGAAAAUCAAGGAAGAAAUGUUGAAUAUCUGAAAACGUUGCAAGCUUUGAUCAGCUUCGAGUAUGACAUUCAUAGCCAAAAACAACAGCAGGACGUGAUAGCGCUCAAAAGGAUUCAAGAUAUGAUUGUCACUGAGAUUCUGAACUGUUCGGACAACGAAGUAAUGGGUUAUUUAACUGAUCGAAAUGGCAUGGAAAACCUUAUUGCCGCAAUGGUGGCCGUGGACGAUGCUGACAACUCGGGAAAAAAUCUCCCGGAAGACAGUCCGAUUUUAUUUCAUGUUGAGCUGAUCCGUUUAUUGUCCAUGUGUACGAGUGGCCAGAACAGCGUCACCGAAAUCAAAUGUCAUGGCUUGAUAACACUGGAAGAUAUCAUUCGGCUUGUCCAACACGAAAAAUGUUUAACAGUAGUGAAAAUUGCCUACGUUGAUUUUCUGACACAUUGCUUUGUGGAAACUGAAAUCGAAAACAAAGAGAUUUUUGCAAGUAGCGGGAUCAUCUGGAAUCUCUUUAAAGAUUUUGCCCUGGAUAUUGAAAAGACAUCUUUUGAGCCCUUUGUACCUCAAGAAAAAUCUUCCCGACAUCAUUACGUCAUGACUUCGAUUUUGCCGCUGUUGACGGCAUACUUCCAGUCUCGAUUCGCUAUCGGUGGGACCGGUAAUCCGGGAAAAUUUAUCCCUGAAACGGAGCGUGUGCAAUUGUUUGAGCGAAUUUUGGAAGGUAUUGAGAUGUUGUCUUCGGACCGGAAUGACUGGGUGAAGAAAAGUGAUCAGUACACUCGAAAUGUCAACACAGCCCUGAAGGAGCUGAGAGAAGCCGCAAAGAAGCGCGGAUUGUCAUUAGAUCCAAAACUCGAAAUCAAACUGAACGCUGCAGUUGAUCGUUUGCGCAGCAUUAUUGCUCUGGGAACUCUGAGGAAAUUUGGCCGACGAGAAAAUUAUCGGGAGCAAGGAAGUCCUGCAGAUUCGCAAAGCUUAACGCGUGGCGAUCAGGACGUUUUGGAUGGACUUCGGGAUGUUGUUGUCGACAUUGCGGUUCACGCAGCGCCUUUGGAAGUUGCAGAGCAGUCAUUGCUGGUAGAUAUAUUUCAAGAACCGGAGCAGCUUUUUGACGGAGAUUCGGAAGUCCGGCGUCGGUCCGAAAAUGGAGAAUUCGUGCGCAAGAUUAUCAAACACGUUCGCGAUAUGACAGUACCUGAUGAGAUACUGUGCUUGAAGAUUUUGAACACGUUAACGGACAUGAUCUACGAACCGAAAAAGCUUAGUGGGCAGGCUGCAACGUUUCGGAAAGAGUUACUGCAAAAGUAUUUACCCCGUGCUAGUCACACACGUUUUGGAAAAGUUACGGAUCGAUCGAAGGAGUGGGAUAUGGAAGGAAUGCAAGUUUUCCUAAGUCAAAAGGGCGCUUCGGAUCUCGUAGUUGACCUGAUCGUUCGCAAGACCAGUCCGGCCUUGUUUCGAUGUAGCGUAAUUUUAGCUAUCGCAUUACUGGACGGCGGCAACUCAAAGAUUCAGUCUGAAUUAUAUUCCCGGUUUUUGGACAAUAUUAGCGCUGAGAAGUUCCUGAAAGUCUUCCAGGAAGUUAUCCAGACAGCUAUGACACGACUGCGGUCGACCAUGAAAACUAUUAGCGACAGUGGAGAUCUGGAGGACAACGAAGAUUUACCCAAAGUUUUUGUUCCGCCACCAACACGACAUCGAUCAAGCCUGACGCUCCGAAGUCUUUCGCUUAACGAAGCGUCGCGUAAUUUUUUUACCCGCAUGUUUCAUCGUGAUCAGCUGACGCAGCAGAUUGCUUCAACGCUUGAAGCAGCCAAAAGCGCUUUAACGAUGGCGGAUCCAGUAACUCUUUCAGAUUCCGGGUUGGAGCCGGACGAUGACGAAGAUGCAGAACAACUGGAACCGGAAAUUCGGAUUGUUAAGGAUGUUUUGCGAUUCUUCCAGCUGCUGUGCGAAAAUCACAAUCCUGAAAUGCAGAACUUUUUGCGGACCCAAAGCAACAAGACCAAUUACAAUAUUGUCAUGUUGACUCUCACCUUUUUGGAUUGCAUUUGUGGAAGUACUACUGGUGGAUUAGGCCUUCUUGGCCACUACAUCAACGAGAAAAACAUUCGCUUGGUGAACCAGGCGAUAGUCAGUCUGACGGAAUAUUGUCAAGGCCCAUGCCGUGCCAACCAAAACUGUAUCGCUUCCAAUGAAGCCGAUGGAUUGGAUAUUGUCAUUGCACUGACACAGCUGGACGUCCGUCCUCUGCAGAACAAGCGAAUGGAUUUGGUUCUUUUGCUAAAGUUUAAUGCCAUUAAACUGCUUCUGGCGAUUAUCGAGAGCCGACAAAGUGGAGAGAACACCGAACGACUGCUACGCAAUUUGGACGUGCAUUUAUUGGUGAAUAAUAUUGUCCAGUUCUACGGAAUGCCGGAACCGGCAUCCAUGGAAAAGGAUGCGCCGUCGCCGCAGUCGGUGGGCCAUGCGCUGUACAUUUUGGCGCAUGAACUGGCACCACACAACAGUGAAUUGUCCAGAUUGUUGGACAUAGAAUUAAUUCAAGAUGAAGAUCGUCGAGCGGCACUGGAGUACUUCGCUCAUCAUACGGCCAGCAUCGAGAUUGUUCGUGAAGACAGAACGAUGGAGAAAAUUGUGUUCGAAGUUCCGGUUUUGUGCGAAUACCUGACCCCGGAAACAAAGUUGACCGUCUAUAACAACACAGAGCGCGAUGAACAGGGCAGCAAAACAGCGGAUUUUGUGAAUCAGUUUGAUUCCUUAUGUGAUGAAAUGGCUUGGCAGAAACACCUCAGAGAAACUCCAAUAUUGUUUUGGAUCAGUAAACGUAUGUCCUUUUGGAGAACAAUUUGGAAUGAUAUUGCUUGGUUGCUCAAUAUUAUUGUUGCCCUGUUCUAUCCAUUCAGAUCCCAUGAAGGACUGUCUCCUGUCUACGAAAGAUUUCUGUGGGUGAUGUUUUUCUCCUUAUUAACCAUGUCUAUCCUGAAACCGCGACGGAAUAUUGUGCUUCCAUUCUGCAUUCUUGCUGUUGUGCGUUCUAUCUUUCUCGUUGGACCCCAUCACACACAGCUGCUACUGGGAUUAACAAAUCUGGUGAUCGCUGUAAUAUCGUGUAUCAGUCAUAUCGGGAACAGUGGUACAUUCAAAAGUGGUAUAACGAGUAUGGCCAAGGAUUAUUUGUUCUUCUACGAGCUUGGAUUAAUCGGCGUCUGCAUUUGUGGUCUGGUCAUACAUCCUUUCUGUUAUAGCCUUUUGCUUUUGGACAUCGUUUACCGCGAGGAAACACUGUCGAAUGUUAUUAAAUCGGUAACGAGAAACUGGAGGUCCAUUCUCCUAACGGCUGUCCUGGCGGUCAUCUUGAUUUAUAUGUUCUCGAUUGCCGGAUAUAUGUUUUUCUCCGACGAUUUUCUCAUAGACGUAGAGCUACAUUCGAAGACAGUAUAUCUCUUAGAUGAUGCUGCCGCGAUUUCCUCGACGACUCAGAUAAUAAAUUCCACUUGUGACCUUGAUUCUUGCAACGGAGAAACCUCGUCGUCCUCUGACGCCGGAGACAACUUCGUGGAAGUGGAGGAGCGGAAAGAAAGGGGCUGUGAAACCAUGCUGCAGUGUAUGAUUGCAAGUUUGAAUUACGGUCUGCGAAGCGGUGGAGGUAUCGGGGACGUGCUGAGAAAACCUAGUGCUGAUGACGACAUGUUCAUGGCCCGCGUGAUCUAUGAUUUGUUGUUCUAUUUUAUUAUUAUUGUCAUUACGCUUAACCUUAUUUUUGGUGUGAUCAUUGACACCUUUGCCGAUCUCCGCACGGAAAAGCAACAAAAGGAGGAAAUUUUGCGCAAUUCCUGCUUUAUUUGUGGACUGGAGCGAUCGGCGUUUGAUAACCGAGCGACAACGUUUGAGGAGCACGUUCAAAAUGAGCAUAAUAUGUGGCACUAUUUAUAUUUCAUGGUGCUGCUGCGUGUUAAAGACCCCACGGAAUUUACCGGUCCAGAAAGUUAUGUUUUUACGAUGAUGAAGAAUAAAAAGCUUGAUUGGUUUCCUCGACUGAGAACUAUUUCUCUGAACGCCGAUAUUCAUGAAUCGGAAAUGAAUGACCGCCUGACAUCCGAUCAACUAAAGCAUGUCAUGGACGCUAUUGCCAUUCUGUCGUCUCAACUUCAAGACCUCAAACGCCAGAUGAGCCAGCAAAAAAACCGCCGCGAGCGACUCAAAUAUUUGCCUGCUGCAUUCAGUUCUUCCGUUGUAACAAACAGUCCAGACGAUGCCGAUGUCGUCCAUCUGGGUUGACCUUUCCUUCUUUGAAUGGUUUUUGCAGUUUUUUUUCAGUUGGUGAUGGCAAUGUUUUGUGGUUUGAAGUUUUCCAGUUUUAUCGUUCUUUCAUAAUGCAUGUGUCGUUCACGGUUCUUUCAUAAGAGAUUUUAGGAUCCCCGCUGAUUUUUGUGUGAUAGCUCUGCAAAAGCUGUCAGCGGAAGUAGGAGAGCAACCAGUUGGUCGGUGCUUUUUUUCGGAGUUAUGUGAAAUUGGUGAAAUUUUAACAGUUUUUAGGAUUUCUUUUUCUGGAUCAGUGUUUGGUUGCUUUGUUAUUAUGCCAAAUCGGUGUAUGGUCAAUAGCGGUGCUUCCGUAACUUUAAUGAAUUCCGUUUUGUGAAUCGAUUCGUGCUGCGCUAAACUUUUGUGCACCACGGGCAGCAUUAAUAAAUGAUCGAAGCUUUGUAAACAA